CUGAAAGAUUGACAGCUCGAAGCCGACGCACACAGCAGUCCCGUUGUGUACAGGAGGCAAUCACAACUCACACUCAGACAUUCACCAGUUUCUUUAGGAUUUCCGCCUUCUCUGGGAUUAAACCGCUUUACUUUCGCAUAAGUUCCUGGGCGUGGAGCUCGGUGUGAAGUGUAUGAGGAUCUGCGGGCUAUGAACGCAGCGUGGACGCCUCAAACAAAGUAGAAGAGGAGGCAGAUCCGUGCGUUUGAUGGCUGCUGGGGAUGGAGCCCAGCUGCCGGCCACAGUAGCGGCCAGUCGGAGCGUGGAAAAGGCUCUGGAGGAGGCUGCUUCCAGCGGGGCUCUCAACUUGGUCAACCGCAAACUGAAGGAGUUCCCCCGCAGCGCCAGGAACUACGACCUGUCCGACAUUACACACGCAGAUCUGUCAAAGAAUCGUCUGUGUGAGCUGCCGGAGGAGCUCUGUCAGUUCAUCUCUCUGGAAACUCUGAGCCUUUACCACAAUGGCAUGCGGUCACUGUCCUCCAACCUGGCAAACCUCCAGGCGCUGACCUACCUCAACCUCAGUCGUAAUCUUCUGUCCAGUUUGCUGCCCUCCGUGUUCCAGCUCCCUCUCCUGCGAGUGCUUAUCGUCAGCAACAACAAGCUGUCUUCACUGCCCGCCUCCAUAUACUCCCUCACACACCUCCGACAGCUGGAUGUGAGCUGCAACGAGCUGCAGUGUUUGCCUCCAGAACUCGGUCAACUGGAGUGUCUGAGGGACUUGAACCUACGGAGGAACCAGCUCACAAACCUGCCUGAAGAAAUCGCCGAGCUCCCUCUUGUCCGGCUCGAUGUUUCCUGCAACCGCAUUUCCCACGUGCCCCUGUGCUACCGCCACCUGCGACACCUUCAGACCAUCUCCCUGGACAACAAUCCGCUGCAGAUGCCGCCGGCGCAGAUUUGCUCCAAGGGCAAAUACCACAUCUUCAAGUACCUUAACAUGGAGGCGUGCAAGAGGAACCAGGAGGACCUGGAGCGACACCUGAGACCCACCGGGUUCAACAGCUGUUUGUCAGACCAUGAGCUGUUCACGGGUCAGUUUGGUGGACUGGACUCUGGCUUCAACAGCGUGGACAGCGGCAGCAAAAGAUGGUCUGGGAAUGAGUCCGCAGACGACUUCUCAGAACGUUCGCUACGCCUGGCCGAGGUCAGCAGAGACCAGAGGAACCUGGAGGAGGAGGAAGAGGAGGAAGCAUCUCCCAUAGAAACAAAAAAAGUGAACGGAGAGGCAGAACAGGUGGAUUUUAUUGACAGUAGUGUGACCGAGGAAGAAGAGGAGACCAGGACGGAUCCACCCACUUCACUGGCUCAGAAUGAAGGACAUUCACCCUCCCAAACGCAAGACUCAUCAACGUGCAGAUCCAGCCUUCAUCUGGAGAUGGCUCCUCCAUCGUCCGUCUGCCCCUCUCCUUUAUCUCCCUCCAGCCCCAGCCUGGAGGAGAGGAGGCGGCCGGGCAGCCUGCAGAUCUGGCAGGAAAGAGAGCGUCUGCAGCAGCAGCAGAGGGAGAAGGCCAGUUUGCUGAAGUCAUCUACUAAAACAGGAAGUCACACGGCUUCAGCAGCACAGCCAGGAAGUAGCUCUGCCGGUGCAUCUCCAGAGCAGAACAACUGCUCUAACUCUGGCCUGAGGCAGAGAUGUGCAAGUGCUGAGCAGAUGAGCACAGCGUCACCCUCACUGUUGCUGCAGCGCUCCAACAGUAGAACAGAUGUCCCGUCCUCCCUGAAGACGCCUCAGGGUCCAUCUCAGAAACCCAACAGCUUCCUGUUUCGCUCUUCUUCACGCAGCAAUGUCAAGCCAAUAGGCGAAUUGAGCAGAAGUGAAUCCAGUGCAACGCUACGCACCGCUAAAGAGGAGAGAGCUGACAUCAUACAGCUUCGCAAGAUUCUAGAGUCUCGGUUAAAGAUCAUUCUCCCUGAGGAUCUGAGUGAGGCCUUGUCCAAUGGCACGGUCCUGUGUCAGCUGGUCAAUCAGAUCAAACCGCGCUCUGUAUUAACCAUUAACGUUCCUUCUCCAGCUGUGCCAAAGCUGAGUUCAGCCAAGUGUCGACUUAAUGUGGAAAACUUCAUCGCUGCCUGUCGCAAGCUGGGAGUCCCUGAGAGGGACCUGUGCGUGUGCUCUGACGUGCUUCUUUGUAAGCUGCCUGCUGUGCUGCGCUGUGUGGCCGCCCUGCUGGCCACUGUUACUGCCGCCACUGAGGAGGUGGGAACGGGAGAGGACGGCUCCCCUUGUCGCUCCUCGCCUUUGUCCGCCUUGUCGUCCCCGUCCUCUUCGCUACUGUCCACAGAUUUCCUCUUCUUCUACUGUGCAGCCAUGGCCCUGCUCUACGCAGUCUACUACCACCUGCUGGUCUAAAGUCUGAGGACGACGCCAGCAGCCGUCAUCAUAGACCGUAUUACAUUAUCAGCGUGUGUUUUGAGGUGUGUAUGUUCCUACUCGGUGUCUCGGCAGCACAAUAAGACCCCGACUUGUCCAAUUAGAGGUCACCAUCCUUCAUAUUCAUUGGUCCUGUAAGCCCUAGGGGCUAAAGACCCUCAUAUAAGGUUUACGUACAUUAGCCACCAGGCUUGUUUGCCAUCUACAGAUGCAUGGAUUAAUAGUUGCUGUGGUAAAGUGUAUUCACUGACACUUCAGGCUCCGCUGGGACAGACGGGUCGGGCCAGGUAGAAUCCACUUGUCAGAGCCUAACUUGCUCAGAGGAGCAAACAAAGUAGAGCAAUCUAGUCUCCGAGGAAUCUUUCUUCUCACGUUACUGAUAUCGCUCACUGACAGAGCUGCAUCUGGAGGUGAUAGAAAUCACUACUGGCAAACAAAAACAAAAUGACAUUUUAUUUGAUUCCUCAACUUGCUUCAAGGAGGCUCAUUUGAAACGAGAUAGUCUCCUUUAGUGGGAGACUAUCCUAUCGCGUUACCACAGCUGAGUAAAGCACGUAACACAGCACAUAUAACAAC